AUGGCGGCUGCUAUGAACGGUGUUUUUCAGAAAUCCCUGCAAGAAAACAUAAAAAAAUGCAAACUAUUGAUGGUCGGCGCAGGAGGAAUUGGUUGUGAGCUGCUAAAGAAUCUGGUUCUGACAGGAUUCAAUGAUAUUGAAUUGAUUGAUUUGGAUACCAUUGAUGUCAGCAACCUUAACAGACAGUUCUUGUUUCGGAAAGAACACGUGGGAAAGUCAAAAGCAGAGGUUGCUAAAGAAAGUGCACAAAGGUUCAAUCCAAGUGCCAACAUUGUUGCACACCACAGCAGCAUAUUCAACUCAGAGUUUGGUCUCGACUUUUUCAAGCAGUUUACAAUAGUCCUGAAUGCACUUGACAACAGAGCGGCACGGAACCAUGUUAAUCGAAUGUGUCUGGCAGCAGAUGUACCAUUGGUAGAGAGUGGCACUGCCGGUUAUCUUGGCCAGGUGACUGUUAUCAAAAAGGGACUGACGGAAUGCUAUGAAUGUCAGCCAAAGCCGACCCAAAAAACCUUCCCAGGAUGCACCAUCAGAAAUACUCCAUCAGAACCCAUCCACUGUGUGGUCUGGGCCAAGCAUCUCUUCAAUCAGUUGUUUGGCGAGAAUGACCCAGAUGAGGAUGUUUCUCCAGAUACAGAGGACCCUGAACUUGCAGCUGAAGCGGGCAAGGCAGCACUGGCUGCUGAUGCAAACAGUGAUGCUAUUGGAGGGAUCACUCGCAAGUCCACACGAGCCUGGGCUCUGGAGACUGACUACAAUGCACAUAAGAUUUUCAACAAGUUAUUCCGAGACGAUAUCAAAUACUUGCUUUCCAUGGAAACACUCUGGAGAAAGAGAAGGCCACCCCAGCCGUUAGACUACGAUAAUUUACCUGGCAAAGGAGAAACGGUGAACUCUUCAGUGAUGAGAGAUCAGCGUGUGUGGUCAGUCCAGGAGUGUGCCGAUGUGUUCACCCAGUGCCUGGAAGCUCUGAAAGCUGAUCUAGCUGCACGAGGAGAGGAAGGGAUUUUGAUCUGGGAUAAGGAUGAUCAGCACGCCAUGGACUUUGUGGCCUGUGUGGCCAACAUCAGAGCCCAUGUGUUUGGCAUUCCACUGCAGUCCAGGUUUGGAAUCAAAUCCAUGGCUGGCAACAUCAUUCCCGCGAUUGCAACCACCAACGCCAUCAUUGCUGGGGUGAUUGUGAUGGAAUCGCUCAAGAUUUUGGCCGGCAACAUCUCCAAGUGCAAACAGGUUUACUUAAACCGAGUUCCCAAUAACCGCAAGCGUCUGCUGGUGCCUUGUGUCCUUGACCUGCCUAACCCCAAAUGUUACGUGUGUUCGGCCAAGCCAGAAUGCACUGUUGUGCUCAACACCACCAAGACCACAGUCAGAGCAUUCCAGGACAAGGUUCUCAAAGGUCACUUGAACAUGAUUGCGCCUGAUGUAGAAAUCGAUGAUGGAAAAGGAACCAUCAUUAUUUCCAGCGAGGAGGGAGAAACGGAAGAAAACAAUGACAAGUUUUUGUCAGACUUUGCCAUCGGCAACAACACCAGACUCAAGUGUGACGACUUCCUGCAGAACUAUAAUCUCAACAUAACUGUGGCUCACGUGGAGAAGCUGGAUGAGGAGAAGGAGUUUGAAGUGGUUGGAGAUUUGUCAGACUUUCAUCCAAAGGAGUCUACAUCUACAACAGCAGCUAAUGGAGGCGAUGACGCUGAUGAUCUAAUUCUGAUGGAGAGUGAAGAUACUGCUGUCACUGAAACCACACAGACAGGCCGCAAGCGACUGGCUGAGCCACAUGAUGAUGAUGAUGGCCAGUUGGUGAAGAAGAAAAGGCUGUUAGAUGUAGGAGGCAGUGGCGAUGUGGUGGAGAUAUCUUGA